UGUUGUGCUUUCAAACUUCUCUACAGUAAAUUGUCCUGAAACUUUCGACAGCGGCUCUUUGCAAAUGAAAGAUCUUAGACGGCAACAUCUGUAAUAGUGUGGUUUUGAUACACAGUGCAUCAAUUCAGAGAGGCCACCCUCCACCCUUUCCCAACGGAGGACCAGGGUCUCCGCUUUGGAGGUGGUGAUUCUCAUCCCGACUGCUUCACGCUGUGCUGUGAUCCUGUGUUGUGAAGAUCGUGUCUUGACAGAGUCAACGGAACCGCGUUCUCUGCAAAAAGCCAAGACGUAACAGUGAGGCCUCCGAACCGGACCCCCUCGAUGCCUCGGCUGCAUCUAGAUAUACUGUCCAUAAAGGUUAUGAGGUGAAUCUGUAACAAAGGCAGAAUCCAAUUUACGGACGGACCAAAUUCUGGCGCAACAAAACUUCAAAAACCUUUGACCACCACUGUACAAAUUACAUUAGAAACUGAAAUGAGCACCCUUCUUUUCCCAGUUAUGAUGAGCACAUUGACUCACACAAAUAGUCAAUAACAAAUUAAAUUGUCGCUUCAGUUGAAGUGUAAUGACUAAUCUUUUCCUGUAGAGUGGAGUGAAGGGUCAUGUUUUGGAAGUGGAAAAUUGGUGCAAUCUUGUGAAGUCAAGGAAAUCAAUCAAUUUAUCAAUCAGGAGUUGGACAAGACCCCUCACUUCUGCCUGAAUCUUAAUGAGUCAUUUUGCCAAGACAUUGUGGACAAUUGUUUGCUUCUGACUUUGUGGGAACAGUUUGGGGAAAGCCCUUUUCUAUCCCAGCCUGACUGUGCCCCAGUGCACAAAGCAAGGUCCAUAAAGACAUGCUAGGAUGGAGGUUUGUGUGGAAGAACUUACACAGAACCUGGCUCUCCAGUCCACCUUCAGUAGCUGUAGCGCACAGUCACAUGACCAAAUAUUUCAGUCUCUGUACUUCUUGGAUGGAUUGGUUGUUCAAUUUGCGUGGUAUGUUUUUGAUCUGGGCGGCACGGUGAGUACUGUGCAUGACGGAUGCGCCUCUUCACAUGAUUAUCCAUCCAUCCAUUUUCCUGUGCCUAAUCUCAGCGGCUUUAGCACUACCAAAUGCGUAUCACACGCAGAGAAAGUCGACUCACUGUCCUGCUUUCACAUCCACAAGUAGCAAACAAGGGAUUUCGCCUGCAUUCCAAAGACAAUUUCUUUAUAAGGAAUCUAGGGCAAUUAACAUCAGUGUCCUGGAGGAUAUGGAGUAAGAAAAGAUGAAAAUAUGGGAUUGGAACAACAUUGGCACGAGCAAUUGACUUGUCUUAAGUUGCUCUCUUUGAUUCUAAGUUGCUUUGUUUGAUUGUAAAGUCAAUUUUUUUUUAGUAUUUCCAAAUCUCCAAAUAUUUCCAAAGACGUCAGAGCUCAAUAACAAUUUGGCCUCGUACUUUCUUUUGCCUGCAGAUAUGUUGUCUCAGCCACCUCUGCCUUUUUGCUCAAGGGAGUGUCUUUCUUUGGCCUCCAAAAGAGACACACCAGCAUGACCUUCUUACUGGCUUCCCAACAUGCACACGCGCACACAAACACGCACACACACGGAACAGAUACAUACGCAACAUAAGCAAUACAAUUAAAAACACAGUAGUUACAGCACAUAGUCAUGGUCAUACAGGUUUAUUAUAGCGUUCACAUUUCCAUACAGAAGCCUCAAGUUGUGAAGGGAAUGAAAUACAGUAUUGUUGAAAGGACGCCAAAGUGAGUGUGUGCACCUGCAGAGAAAGACAGAAUGUUGCAAGGGACAGGGGGAUGACAUUAGGGCAACAGAGAGAGAGAGAGAGAGAGAGAGAGAGAGAGGGGAGGUGCAUAUGGAGUAAAGAAAAAUGCAGACAAGGACAGUUCUACUUACAUUAGGCAGAAGCUUGGUCAAAGCACAGCAACGAAGAGUAAAGGGAUUAAAAAAAACCAAAAAAAAGCAAAGAGAGAAAACAAUUCCAAUUUAGAUUAAGACAAAGUAGCCAUCUCGUGGACUACAGACUUGACUUUCUCUCCAAGUGAACAGUGUGGCAGGGAGUGAACUGGAAGUUGAGACUGGUUUCCAUCCAGAGCGAGCAGGCUGCCAAACAGCAUGGCCGACAAAGUGAACGAGGAGUCGAAUAGUAAUCCGGGGAAAGAUGAGCUGGACUGGGGUUAUGAGGAAGGUGUAGAAUGGGGACUCCAUUACCCAGCAGCCAAUGGUGAGUACCAGUCUCCCAUCAACUUGAACUCGAGGGAGGCUCAGUAUGACCCAGCCCUCCUGGAUGUCCGCCUGUCACCGAACUACGUGGUGUGUCGUGACUGUGAAGUCAUCAAUGAUGGACACAGUGUACGCAUCCUUCUCAAGUCAAAGUCAGUGGUCAGCGGGGGUCCAUUGCCGAGCGAUCACGAAUAUGAACUUCAUGAGGUUCGAUUUCACUGGGGGAAAGAGAACCAGAGGGGCUCAGAGCACACGGUCAACUUUAAGGCUUUCCCUAUGGAGCUCCAUUUGAUUCACUGGAACAGCACUUUGUUCAACUCUCUGGAGGAUGCUCUGGGGAAGAAGAAUGGAGUUCUCAUCAUUGCUCUUUUUGUGCAGAUCGGCAAAGAGCAUCUGGGUCUGAAAGCCAUCACGGAGGUUCUACAGGAUCUCCAGUACAAGGGGAAGAGCAAGAUAAUUCCCUGUUUCAACCCGAACACUUUGCUGCCUGAUCCCUUAUUGAGAGACUACUGGGUGUAUAAAGGAUCUCUGACAACACCGCCAUGUAAUGAGAAUGUGACCUGGAUCCUCUACCGCUACCCUCUCACUAUAUCACAACUACAGAUUGAGGAGUUUCGGAGGCUACGUUCACAUAUAAAAGGCGCCGAGCUGCCAGAGGGAAAUGAUGGGAUGUUGGGGGACAAUUUCCGCCCCACCCAACCGCUGAGCGAUCGGACCGUGAGGGCGGCUUUCCAAUGAUUCUCACUUUUGACUGCCGACUCAAAAAAAUAAGACCUAAAGAAACAAACAUGGAAGUGGGGAAGAAAGAGGCGAUGGGAAGACAAGCAAGAAAAGAGGGAGGAAAAGAGCAGAAGAAGUUUGACCAUAGACGACAUCAAUAUUAUACAGCCAAAACACUCAUUUCCGUCUCCGUUUCUGCCUGAAAUUGCAAAUUGUCCUCACUUGUAAUAAUGUUGAGAUAUUGCAAGUAUUUAAUAAUAGUUAAACACAUUUUUUUUUUCCAGUGGGUUAUCCCUCAAUUUUACUUACGAUUACUUUCUAUUAAUAUUAAAGGUCGUUGUUGAUAUAACAUCUGUGUGAGCUGUAGUAACUAGUUCAGGUAAGGUUGAUGAGCUAAUAUUCAUAAGACGAGUGUAAUAUAUGAACAAGUAAAGGGGACAUGUUAUGGAAAGUGUACUUUUUAACUGUUUGUAUACAAAACGUAGGGUCUACGGAGUGCCUGCCCACCCAUUAAAUGUGAAAUGAAACAA